GAGCAGUGAAUGUUAAAGAAACUGGCAAAGGAAAAAAGUAUCAAAACUGAAUUAAACAUGGAUCGGAUCAAAAACUUUAUCAGCCUGAUUGCGGACCGUUUCCCAAGUCAAGUUAAAUCACUCAUCAAUAAAAUAUUUGGCCUAUUGGACGAUGAAAACGUCGAUGAUUACACAGAGACAGCAAAUCGUCUCCAGGAUCUGGAAAAUAUAGCCUUAUGGUUAUACAUUACUCGCCGUGGACACGAUCAAGAUAAACCAGAAAUAGUUCAAUCUGGAUACCAUUUAAUGAACAAUCUAAUCAGACUAUCAGAGAUAAUUGCCUGUACCAGACUGUUCACUUUAUGCUGGGAAACUUCAGACGAGAUUCAAAUUUACCUUGCUAAUCCUUUUUACAAGGUUCAAGGAGGUCAAGCAAUGACUUUUAUUAUAUCUUUUCUUCUUUUCAUUUUAUCCCUCUUAAGAGAGUAUAUUUUGCACCUUGAAGACAUCGGCAGUUCAAUUUUGUUAACUUACUUACGAGAAAUAAGACAAUAUGGAUUUGAUUGCAAGAGGCUUGGAUUAACUGAGAAACAACGGAAAAAAUUUCGAGUUGCUUUCCAUAUUAUCCUAGUCAAUUGGUAUCGACUUAUUCAAUUCAAUAUUUAUAUCGUUCCAGCCUUCAUAGCCGCUGUCCAUUUAGUGAACCCUGCUCUAAGUCUUGAUAACCCAACAUUUGUUUUUGCAAGUUUUUUCUGGUUUUUGAGCGAAUCGUUUUGUUUUAUUUAUGUAGCCUGUGGGACAUUUGAUAUUGGUGCUCAUAUUGCUGUAUUGGUUCCUUUGUUUAUUUUUAAAAUUGAAUCAAUAAUCGAGCUUCUUGAGCGUUACCUUUAUAAUCCUAAAGCUAUUGAGCCUUACUUGAUUCGUCAACUAAACAUUGAAACAAUUCGUUUACUUAACGUGUUAGACGUCAUGAGUAGAGAUUUGCGUUACUUAUUUGCCUUUUUGAUUGUUGGCAUUUCUUUUCUUGCGGAUACUUUUAUUUUUUUGGGCCCCAUCCUUCACAUUGGUUCAGCAUUACAUCAAUCUUUUUUCUCAUUCCUUGGCUUUUUCACCCUCUCCGCGAUUGGUCUCAUUACUUACGCAGGUGGAAAUAUACAUGGAAGGCUUAUAAUUGUACAUAAAAUUUACACCAGACUUUUAACCAAAGAAAAAGUAGAUUUUGGAACUCAUUCUAAGGCAAUGGAGAUUCUCGAUCGUAUCAUGGGUCCAUUCACAGGAGCCAAAAUUGGUGAUUUUUGUACAAUCGAUCGAUACCUUUUCGUCUUUUAUAUCAUGGAAAAUGCUAGCAUGGUUAUGCUUUUGGUUUGCAACGCCCAGAGUUACAUCAAUUACUAGAUGGAAUGACAUUCAUCAUUUUUGGAAUUUCGCCCGAUCUUGAUAAUCUGCAUAAAAUGAACAGAGAAAUAAACCGUCCUUUAAGACGCAUUGUGCCAAAA